AUGGCAACAGAGACCAUCACACGCCCAGCCUUUCUCUCGCUGCCCCGAUGGACGCCCGUACCGGAGACCAAGGAGGAGUUGGACUGGGCCGACCUAGUAACCCUCGACCUCAGCAAAUUCGACCAGCCAGGCGGCAAGCAGGAACUGGCGGCUCAGCUCUUCGACGCCGUCAACCGAAUAGGCUUCUUCUACAUCAUCAACUUCGGCCUCUCGCAAGAGGAAGUCGACCGCCAAUUCAGCCUGUGCAAACAAGUCUUCGACCUCCCCACGGAGGAGAAGCUCAAGUACCGCGCCGACCUCGAGAAUGGCGGCUACAACGGCUACAAGCCGCGUGGCAUCCGCGAGAUCAAGAACGGCGUCAAGGACAACACGGAGAUCUACAACACGCCGAAAUUCACAGAGCGGUACGAGCGGGACCACCCAAAGGUCAUCACCGACCAUUGGGACGAGAUCCGGUAUUUUGCCACGCACAUCCACUUUCAGAUCGUGCGCAAGCUGCUCGUGCUGUUUGCGCUGGUGCUGGAGCUGCCCGAGGACUAUUUCUUGAACAUCCACCGGUAUGACGAGCAGAGUGAUUGUCAUUUCCGAUAUAUGAAGUAUCACCGCCGCUCGGCCGAGGAGAACGAAAAACUCGACAACGUCUGGGUGAAGGGGCAUACCGACUUUGGGAGCCUCACUUUGCUCUUCAGACAACCCGUCGCAGCCCUCCAAGUCCGCACGCCCGACGGCACCUGGAAACACGUCAAACCCCACCCCGCCUCCAUCACGGUCAACAUCGCCGACGUGCUCCAGUUCCUGACGAACGGGUUCCUGAAAUCGAGCAUCCACCGCGUGGUCGUCCCGCCGGCCGAUCAGGCCGACGUCGACCGCCACGGCGUGCUCUACUUCGUGCGACCCGACGAUGAGACUGAAUUGGUGCCCAUAAGGGAUAGUCCCGUGCUGCAGCGGUUGGGAUAUCACAAGGUCCAGGAUGAGGCGACCGUCGGGUUGACGGCUGGCGAAUGGGUCAAGGCGCGGGUGGCGAAGAAUGUGUCCCGCGUGGGGAGGGAGGAGGAGAGUAUUAUCAAGGGAGUAAAGGCGCGGUAUUAUGACUAG